AUGUUUAGUCAAAUGAAUUGCCCAGAUUUUUUAGAAUUUCAAGAUAUCCUGAAAAAAAUGCGUGUCAUGGACGAUAAGAUAGUGUACGCUCUUAAUACUUCCAUACCGACAGAGUCAUUCGCAAAUAAAGUCGACGCUCACUCUGCUUGUGAAGAUUUGUACUCUCAAAUUCAAAAAGGGCACUCAGACAGAGAAAAUGUUAUAAAAAAUUGUAUCUUAGUAACAGCAGAAACAGUAAAACAGUUAAAGGUGGCUAAAGAUGAAAAACCGAACGACUUUGAAGUACUGAAAAACUUAAAAGCUGAACAAAAAAAGCUGAGACUUUUGCAGACGGAACUUAGUGUGGAAGAAGUUAUUAAAGAGAAGACAACAAAAGUUUUUACAGAGAAAUGUAGAAGUUAUUACAAACCCAACAACUUAUGA